GCGCAGAGGGCAAGCCCGGCCCGCCCCGCCCGGUCCCGGGCCCCUUGGACGGGCCCGCGGAGACACCGCCCCGGCUGUUUCAGCGAGGCCGUGCGUGGCCAGCUGUCCUGAGCCCACAAAACGACCAGGUGUGUCUCCCAGAUUUAGCAGAGAUGUCUCAGAAAGCCUCGGCUGCAGAAGUCCUUCCCUCCAGGGCAGACACGCCCCGGCUGCUCCCAGGCCUCCUCUGAGGACGGGCGUGGGGAGCGGGAAACGUGGGCACCACAUUGGAGGCCCUUGGUGCCCAGGAAGCACAGCGGCAGCCUCUGCCUCCCAGACGCCUGGACGCUGCGGGGGAGCGCCCUCUCCCCCUUGGAGGGACCAGAGGCAGACCCGGGGCAGCCCGCAUGGGUUCCUGCGCCGGGGAGGAAGGCGGGGCCCCGGGCAUCUCCCCGCUGAGGCCCGGCGACCAGUUCCACCUGUUUGUGAGCUACAGCAGCGUGGACGCCGUGUGGACCCAUGGGCUCACCGGCCGCCUGGAGGCCGAGCUCCCGGGGCUGAGGGUGUGCCUGCACGAGCGGGACUUCACGCCCGGCAGGAACGUGCUGGAGAACAUGGCGGGCUGCAUCCAGCAGAGCCAGAAGGUGCUGCUGGUGCUGAGCGAGGACUUUGUGCAAAGCCGCUGGUGCCUCCUGGAGGCCGACCUGUCGCUCGUGGGCUCCUGCCUGGAGAGGAAGCCGGUCCUGCCUGUCCUGCUGCGGCCCUGCCGGGUCCCGCUGCAUCUCAGCCACCUGACCUACCUGGAGGCCACGGACGGCCGCUUCUUCCAGAAGCUGGUGCAGCUCCUGUGCACCCCCAACCAGCGCCUGGCGCGCCCCCCGGCCCUGCGCUCGGCCCCCGCCCUCUACAGUGGGAAGGCCCUGCUGACCCUGGACUGCAUCAACAGGGACAGCCUGUCCUCGUGGGAGGUGGGCAGCUUCAGCACGCUGGCCGUGCCGGACGCCCUGAAGGAGGUGCUGGAGGACCCCGAGCUGUACAAGCAAGCCGUGGGCAUCCUGAACAGCGUGCGCUCGCCACGCUGCUUCCUGCGUUACCUGGGCUGCAGGGUCAUCCUCGCCAUAGCCCUCAUGCUCCUCGCUGUGGUUUUCCUGUUCAUACCCUUCACCAUCGGGUUCGUGGCGCGCCAGCCACCUCAGUGGUUCCUCGUGAUCAGCGCCAAUAUAUUUCUCUGCCUCUUUUUCAUGAUCUUAAGCGUCAACACCCUGUGCUGGCUCCGAAGGUCUUCCAGGAGGACCCUGCGGGAGCUGGCGUGCCGCGUCGGGGAGGCCAACCUGCUGCUGGCACCGCACUCGGUGCUCGUGGGCUGCGAGACCAAGAACAAGCUGUACUUCGUGUACGUGGUGCUGGGCGACUGCAAGCGGGCCUUCCUGGGCGCCCCCGAGGGCGAGGCCGCGUUCCAGGAGGCCAUCCUGCGGUUCUCGUCCAGCUAUGCCUGCUGCCUGGCCCAUGCGCACUUCCCCCACUGGGAGGAGGCCGCGGGGGCCCCGGGCCACCUGGAGGUGGGCCUCUGCUUCUGCCAGUUUGUGUCCCUGCAGCUGAGGAGACUCGGGGCGGUCGGGGUGAACCCCGUGUGACGGUCUGAGGGCAGAGGCAGGGCCCCUUGCUGGACACCCGGCCACCCCUGGGGGUCCCUGCAGACCGGGCUGCCCUGGGCAUUGAAGGCAGAUUGAACGCAGGAGGAGAAGGGGAAGACAGAGGAUGAGAUGGUUGGAUGGCAUCGCUGUCUCAACGGAGAUGAGUUGGAGUAAACUCCGGGUGUUGGUGAUGGACAGGGAAGCCUGGCGAGCUGCCAUCCACGGGGAUGCAAAGAGUCGGAUUCGACUGAGUGACUGAACUGACUCAGGAGGGCCUGAAAGCAGCCGGUGGGGUUCCUCCUCUCUAUCAAAGCAGGCCGCGUUGUGAACUGUGUGUGUUUGAGGAUGCUGUGUUUGGAAACAAAAGAGGAUAGAAUGUAACAACUGAGCGUCUAAGUUAA